AUAAUGAAGUCGAUAAAGAAAAGAAUAAUCAAUCAGAUCGUUUCAAUAGUGAAACAAGGAAAAUUAGAGAUAGUAUAACAAAGAAUCAAUCAGAUGCAUCUAGAUUCGUAAAACGACGAGCUUCAGUUGUUGCCAAGAAAAUAAAAAUAAAAGAUCCAGUAAAGAAACAAGUCCAGAUUCAAACAAAGGAAAGAAAAGUACCAUCCCGUAGUGCAUCAAAAACUGUCAAAAUUAAAUCAAAUACAUCUAAUGAUUCAAAGACUAUCAUAAAUGCAAAUAAUUCAAUGGAUGAUUUGUUAGCGAAUAUUAAUAGUCACAGUACUAUGAUUGAAGAUAAUAUUAAUGAUAGUAUACAAGCUAACGAAUCUAAGAUAUUAAAAAUUAAUAAAAACCUUGCAUCAAGAGCGAGUGUACCUGUCAAAUUAGAGCCUAUCAACGACACCAAUGAAAUAAGUAAUUAUUCUACAUCAAUACUAAAGAACAAUAUUUCUUUCCAAAAUAAUUCAGAAAAGAAAAAAUUAAGAUCACGUAAAAAAGUAACGAAACCAGAUAAAUUAAUGCACAUAACUUUUCGAGAUAAAUCGAUGGAAGAGAAACCAACAUCUGCUAAGCAAUCGAAGAUCAAUAAAUGUGAAAAGGAAACUGAGGCAAGAAAAAAAUUUAAAAAUGACAAAAAAGUUGCUAAAGCUUUGGGAGAAAUGAGCAAACAUUUCUCAAAACUUCAUAUAGGAAAAAUAGGCGAACGUAAAUAUAGAUUUUUAAAUAAAUAA